GGUUCUCUUUUAUUUGAUUUGGAGCCUUCACCAUGUUUGAGCGUCGCGCAGGGGAUCGUUAUCGCCUUCGAAUGCACCGAGCCCGCUCGGCAGUGCUGACCUCAGAUGAAAUGGUCGAGGUGCGCGCGGCCCAACGCACCUUUGAGGGGGCAUAUGUCCGAACCGCUCUUUCUCAGUUCUCCUUCGCUCUUGUCGUACUCAAGAUUUUCACCGCCGAGUUCUACAGUAUUGGGGCUCUGUUUGCGAUAUACGGUACCGGUGUUCUCAUUAUCGGACUUUUCCGCCGCUCGCAGGGAAACAGACAGUUCUUCUCGGAAGUAGGGGAGGAUGGGAUACAUCGACACAAAUUCCGUACCAGUGGAAAUGCGGUCUUGGUCUUGACAGCAUUGAGUAUUGCGGCGUACGCAUGCUUGAUUGGCUUGACCUUGAACCUGAGCAACUGAUAAGGAACAUUCUGUGCG